GUAAAAUCUAACUGAACUUGUUCCUUUUUCUUUAGCAAAUGGCAUUCUUAUUCUUCCCCUCUAAGGGUAUCUUUCUCUCUAGCUUUUUGUUAUGCUUUGCUAUUCUGUCUUUGGGAGCUGAAGCUCGUAGAUCACCAUCACCCAUCUCUUCUCUCAUUAGCAAAGAGCUUUUUGAUUCCAUUUUCAUCCACAAAGAUAACAAUGCAUGCCCUGCCAGAAACUUCUACACCUACGACUCCUUCAUCAAUGCAUCCAAACGCUUCCCAAGAUUUGGCACCACUGGUAGUCCAGCCACACGCAAGCGUGAGAUUGCUGCCUUUCUUGCUCAGAUUUCACAUGAAACCACAGGUGGGUGGGCUACUGCACCUGAUGGACCCUAUGCUUGGGGAUUGUGCUUCAAGGAAGAAAUUAGUCCUCAAAGUAACUAUUGUGAUUCCACCAACACACAAUGGCCUUGUUAUCCAGGACAAAGUUACAAAGGCAGAGGACCAAUUCAACUCUCAUGGAACUACAACUAUGGGCCAGCAGGGAAGGCUUUGGGAUUUGAUGGGUUGAGAAACCCGGAUGUGGUGUCAAACAAUUCAUUGAUUGCCUUUCAAACAGGUCUCUGGUUUUGGAUGACAGAGCAAAAGCCCAAACCUUCUUGCCACAAUGUAAUGGUUGGAAAAUAUGUGCCAACACAAGCUGACAUAGCAGCUAAUCGAACUAAAGGGUAUGGCCUAGUGACUAACAUAAUCAAUGGUGGACUUGAAUGUGGAAUUCCUGAUGAUUCAAGGGUGAAUGAUCGGAUUGAAUACUUUAAGAGAUAUGCAACCUUGUUUAAAGUAGAUACAGGACCUAACUUGGAUUGUGCAUAUCAGAAGUCUUUCCAAACUGUAGCUUAGCUUUUUUCUUUCCUGGUGUAUUUUUUCUUUUCUUUUCUGUUAUAAUUUCUCUGGCAUAGAUUUAACAAUAAUGUACUGAAAGCAUAUACGAUAUACCUAGUUAGUGGCAUUUUCCCUUUGUAAUUUAUUUCUACAAGUCUAUGAAUACGAAGCUUUAUGAUGCACCUA